AUGACGGAGAGAGCAGAUCGAUCUCGAAGGCAUCGCGAAACAUUCACUUCACAGCUCACAGCGACCAUGGGAGGCCUCACAUACGGCAGCUAUGGCGCUGGAUCUACCUUGGUGAUCAUCGGCUUAUAUAUGCUCUUCCAAGGCGAGGGAGAAGCAUUCAACGUCGGCGCCUUCCUCGAAUCGAUAUCGCCCUACGCAUGGGCGUCGACCGGCAUCGCGUUAUGUAUAGGUCUGUCAGUGGUGGGAGCAGCAUGGGGCAUCUUCAUAACAGGCACAUCCAUCCUCGGAGGAGGUGUAAAAGCACCACGAAUCAGGACGAAGAACUUGAUCUCCAUCAUCUUCUGCGAAGUCGUGGCCAUCUACGGUGUCAUUAUGUCCAUUGUCUUCAGCGCGAAGCUUGAAGCUGUGUCUGAUGAGGGCAUGUACUCGGCAUCAAACUACUUCACUGGAUAUGCACUCUUCUGGUCAGGAGUGCUGGUUGGAGGAUGUAACUUGAUCUGUGGUAUCAGUGUGGGCAUCAAUGGAAGUAGUGCAGCGUUGGCUGAUGCGGCGGAUGCGAGCUUAUUCGUCAAGGUUCUGGUCAUCGAGAUCUUCUCAUCCGUGCUUGGGCUUUUCGGUCUGAUCAUCGGGCUGUUGUUGAGUGGAAACGCCAACAACUUCGAGAGCGCAGCAAAAGGUGCCGCGAUGCUUUCGUGA